UGAUGACAGGGGAAGAACACAAAGUUAAAAGAGGAGGGGGAGGAAAAAAAAACAAACAAGAAAACAAAAAAUUCUUAAAACCCAGGAAACCUGUGCUAAGUCCUUAUGAAUAUCCGUACAGCUGCUUUAAACCAGUUUUGGAUCCCCAAAGAAAGGCAGAGAUCACAGCCCUGAAAUAAAGAAGAAAUCGCUUACCCCUUUCCGAGGACCAGGACUCACCCCCAUGCUCUGAAGGAAGCAGCCUCCAGGGGCGGGGCGGGGUGGAGCGCUCCCAUUGGCUGGAGAGGACGCAGCGGAGAGAUGGCGGCGACUGUGCUCACCCGGUGCGGGGGCGGCGGAGCGGUUCUCUCAGCAUUACUAGGUACCCGGCGACCUUACAGCAGUGUCUUUAGGGCAGCAGAGCUGCGUGUGGAGCAGAGCCCCCACCCCAAGCCCAAGCCCCCCCCAGAGCACUUGACGUUUGGGAAGACCUUCACUGACCACAUGCUGACCAUCGAGUGGAGCCGGGGGGAUGGCUGGGGACCCCCCCACAUUCGUCCCUUCCAGGACCUGUGCCUGCACCCCGCGUCCUCUGGACUGCACUACGCUGUGGAGCUCUUCGAGGGCAUGAAGGCAUUCCGCGGUGCAGACGACAAAAUCCGCCUUUUUCGCCCUGAAUUGAACAUGGAGCGGAUGGGACGCUCGGCCCAGAGGGUCUGCCUGCCCCCCUUCGACCCCACGGAGCUGCUGGAGUGCAUUCGUGCGUUGGUGCGGUUGGAGCAGGAGUGGGUGCCACGCUCCGAGGCUGCCAGCCUGUACAUCCGGCCCACCUACAUCAGCACCGAGCCAUCGCUGGGGGUGGCCCCCCCCGGGCGGGCACUGCUCUUUGUCAUCCUGUGCCCGGUGGGGCCCUAUUUCCCGGGGGGGCACUUCAGUCCUGUGGGGCUCCUGGCGGACCCUGAUCACGUCCGUGCCUGGCCGGGGGGCGCCGGGAACUGCAAGCUGGCGGGGAACUACGGCCCCACCAUUGCACUGCAGCAGCGGGCGCAGGCGCUGGGCUGCCAGCAAGUGCUGUGGCUGUAUGGCCCCCAGCGGCUGCUGACCGAAGUGGGCACCAUGAACCUCUUCAUCUUCUGGCACCGCGAGGAUGGGGAGCUGGAGCUGGUGACCCCCCCGCUGGAUGGGCUCAUCCUGCCCGGGGUGAUACGGCAGAGCCUCCUGGAGAUGGCGCGGGAGUGGGGGGAGUUCACGGUGCGGGAGGGGCCGCUGCCGAUGGCGGCGGUGCUGGAGGCGCUGCGGGACGGCCGGCUGCGGGAGAUGUUCGGCACUGGAACGGCAUGCGUGGUGUGCCCGGUGGGGGGCGUGCAGUACGGGGGGCAG